UGUGUGAAGGGCGGGGGAGGGGUGCGGGGCAGCCCCUGGCUGCGGGCUCCGCAGACGCCAGCCUUACCGCGGGGGGCCUCCGUCCGUCCCGCGGCGCCCACCCCUUCCCUCUGGGGGGCGCAUUCCGCCCCCCCCCCACUCCGGGCUGCUCCCGGCUCGCCCUCUCCCCACGCCCCCUGCCUGGGCUUCAGUUCCUAUAGGAAGGGCAUCACCAUCCCAUCCCCACCCACCCGACACUUCGCUCUUUCCCCUCCCCCUCCUUUAACUUCCUCUUCUUCCCCCUUCGGGCCCUCGUCUGCUCUGCACUCUCCUCCCGGGUUCGCAGAUUUCCGCCCACCUUCCGCCUCCCCGAGCCGCGCCGCAGCUAGCGGGGUGUUAUUUUUCCCUCCCUCGGGUAGGAGUUGGUGAAGGUGAGACUCAUGAGGGAAUACAAGGUAGUGGUGUUAGGGAGCGGAGGGGUUGGCAAAUCUGCCCUUACGGUGCAGUUUGUCACUGGGACUUUCAUUGAGAAAUAUGACCCCACCAUUGAAGAUUUCUACCGCAAAGAGAUCGAAGUGGACUCUUCCCCCUCCGUGCUGGAAAUUCUGGACACCGCAGGAACUGAGCAGUUUGCCUCCAUGAGAGAUCUCUACAUCAAAAACGGCCAAGGUUUCAUCCUGGUUUAUAGUCUGGUUAAUCAACAGUCUUUUCAGGAUAUCAAGCCAAUGAGAGAUCAGAUUGUCAGAGUGAAGAGAUAUGAAAAAGUCCCACUGAUCCUAGUAGGAAAUAAAGUGGAUCUGGAACCAGAAAGAGAGGUUAUGUCUUCAGAAGGCAGAGCUCUGGCUCAAGAAUGGGGCUGUCCUUUCAUGGAAACAUCGGCAAAAAGUAAAUCAAUGGUGGAUGAACUUUUUGCUGAGAUCGUCAGGCAAAUGAACUAUUCAUCCCUGCCCGAGAAGCAAGAUCAGUGUUGUACAACUUGUGUUGUCCAGUAAAAAAGAUAACCUCAAUCAUGGCCAUACCGAGCAGAUAAAACUCAGAGGAAAUUUGCACAGAUGCUGCUUUGGAGAACUUUACAACCUGGGUUGCAGAACUGAGCCUUGGUAAACCUGUCUCUAUUACAGCAUGUUGCCAUACAUCUAAUUAAGUGCAUAAGGUCUUUGGCCUUCAAGAUCCAUUGACCUAAACAGGAAUGCUUAGCACGUUUACCAUAUGUUUAAAAUCUGUUCUUUAUCAAUCAGUCCUUUUGUAGCUUUCUUAAGUUCUUAUUGAUGGCUAAUAUGCAAGAAUUAAUUUUUAAUAUUUUAAUUGAUUUCUUUAAUCAGUUUCUCAACUUGUAUUUAUUAAAUACUCAAACUCAGUAUUACCUACUCAAUGCCUUUUAAAAGAAAGUUAUAAUGGAGAAAAAUUGAGCCUUAAACAAAUGGUUACUUCUGUAUAUUACCUCGCACCAGUGCUUCAUUCUAUUUGUAAAAUCUUUCUCCUUUAAAUAGUUGGUUAAUCCUUUGAGACUUUGUUUACGUGUGGCAGUGUUGUAAAAAAGAAACUAAAGAUCACCUUUUACCUGUAUGGAUGGAAUAUCCCUUUUCUUCAGGUGCAGUUUGUGAUGUGUUUUUUGUAAUUAAAAUGUUCUGAACGUUACAAUUGAUAUUUGAAAUUGACUGUAGAGCAUUUAGCUGAAGAGUUAAGCAUUUGAUUCCAUUAGGUUUUCACAUGUGUUAAUCUCAUUUACAGCAUCAAAUUGCAGCAGUAACAUUUUCCUUUCUGUGAAGUUCUAAAUUUAGUUAUGACCUACUUAGCAAUGCCUUUGAAAAGGGAUAUUGUAUCCAUGGUAAAUUAAUUGUAUACCUAAACAGAGAUAGCUCAGCUUUGCCUGUCAGGCUUGUAAUUGACAUCUAGUAGACUUCUGCACAUGUAAAAUUAAAUUCAAAUAAAAUCAUAUACACUUUCUAGUUCUUAAUAUUUGUCUUUCUGAAUAAUAGUUUAAAGCAAUAUUUGUUAAAGUUUUCUUGCACUAUCACAAUUGCUUUUUAGUUCUUUCUCAAGAAGCAUGUUCGUAGUAGAGACAAAAAUCUGUGUAACAGGAGGGAGAAUAGCGCCAAGUCUCUGGGCUUUUUUUUUUCCUUUUUCAAGUGUGCUUCCAAUAGCCAUUGCCUUCCAUGUUGUUUACCUAAUCAGCACAUUUUGUCUGAAUACUUGAACAUUUUAACAGUAACACAGGUAUAGAAACAGAAAGAAAACUUAUAAAGAGUAACAUCUGACAACAAGCGCUUUUUCUAGCAAUGAUUUUAACAUUUUGUAAGGUUGACAGUAUUUGUUGUUGGGUUUUUAUUUGGUUUUAGUUGUGUGCUUUUAAUUUGCAGAAGUUAGUAACUGCAGCUUACCUACUGCACCAAAGUUCUCGAUUUUAGGAGCCCAGCUUUAGUCAUUUGAACAUGCUUCUAAAUAAAACAAAAAAACCAAAACUAUACUUUUGAUCUAUAAUAAUAGCUCAAUAACUUUGUCAAGGAAAGCUCUAAUAUAUGCAGUGAUGGUUUUUGGAAGGGUGUGGCAAUUUUAAAUUUAUAUUGUGUGUGAUGUUCCAAUAAAGUGGUAUCUACAUUCAUGUGAUUUAUUGGUCAGUAUGACCAUUAAUUAUUGCGUAGAAAUUAAUUAAACUUUGAUUUCCUUUUUUUAAAUCGUGUUGCAUUUGAUUCCUGAUCAAAUUCCCUCAAAGUGAACUCUUAACUUUAGAUUUUAAAUUUUAUGGUGAGAUUGUAAGGGUGGAGGCAAUUGAAACAUUAUUUCUUAUUUAUAAACUGCUUGAAAUGAAUACCUAAAUUAAGUUUGCACUUUAAUACCAAACUUAAAACCAAACACUCAGUUCAAAGUAGGUUAAGUGAUUGUGGUUCAUCUGUAUUAGCUGUGAGAAAUUCUAAAGGAAUCAAAUAAUUCAUGAUGAUUUAAAUUUUCCAUAGAUUUUAUUAUACAGUGUUUCUUUCCUAUGGAUUGUUCUCAUUCUCUCUCUUUCUCACUUGCUCUCCUCCCUGCCCCCCCCCCCACUUUCUUGCUCUCUCUAGCUAGCCCCCUCGCUCGCUCGCUCGCUCGCUCUCGCUCUGUCACUGACUGCAGCAACAAAUUUAACUUGAAUUCACUUAGGAUCACAGGAAUCAGGGGAAAGUGAUUUAAAGGUGGUUUCUCCAGCACAUUUUAAGAAAAGGGACCAAAAGUUAUUUUAGCUUCCUCAAUAGAUUGCAUGUCAAGUUGCUUAUUAGAAUAAUGAAUUAAUAUUAAAUGCAAUAUAUGUCUCGUCUUUACUAUGGCAUCUGUUUAGGAGUGGUUCAAAUCACUGCAGUAGGGCUCUGCAAAUAAAAUCAUGUAACCUAUUAUCAUGGAUCUAAUGUACUGUAACUUUAUCAAUGAAAGGUAAAAAUCUCAAAUAACAAGUACAAACAUUGAACAAUGACCUAUAAAGAUUUGUAAAAGUAAAAUUUUUCCAAUAGAUUUCAUUCUUGUCAUUUUGUAAGACAACCCUGCAGUCCACCUGUUUGUAACUUUUUUAAUAAAAUAGACAUCUGUAUUAC